AUGCUGAGGUGCUCUCCAUACUACUAUACGGAUCAGAAACCUGGUCGUUGCGCGCUGAGAACGUCAAAAGACUUUCAGUGUUCUACUAUCGAUGUCUUCGGAGCAUUGCCCGAGUCUGGUGUGAACACCGGAUCAGUAAUGCUGAAUGUGACAGAUGAGGUGAAUGCACGAAUCUGCAAGGCUCGGGCCGCGUUUGCUAACUUGAGACACCUAUGGCGUCAGAAUGGUUUAUCCCUGAAUCUGAAGGGACGUGUGUAUCAAGCUACAGUACGGGCUGUUUUGUUGUAUGGCUGUGAGACUUGGCCUACCCGAGCAGCGGACCUGAGACGUCUUCAGGUGUUCGACAAUCGUUGUCUCCGAACCAUAGCUCGUUUUGUCAGUGAAAAAAUUGGUGGUGUGGAAGGUACGAAAUUGGACGAUGAAUACCUGGAAACGGAGAAGAAAGUUGACGUCAUAUGCAAACUGAUCGAUGAGGUAGUUACACAAACACAAGAGUUCUUGCAGCCAAACCCAGCCCAUCGAGCAAAAAUGCUGACUAUGAAUACGCUCAAUAAGUUGCAGGGAAAGGCAAAAAGCUCAGUGUAUCCUCAGCCAGAAGGUCAGCUUGGUGACUGCAUGCAAAAAUAUGGUCGUGAUCUUGGUCCUGAUUCAUGUUAUGGACAAUGCCUACUUCAGUCGGGUGAAUCCUUCAAAUACCUGGCUGACAUCAAGUAUACGAUGGAGGACCAUGUAAAGGACAACUUUUUGCAACCCCUACAUAGCAUACAGACCCACGAACUGAAGGAAAUCAACAUUGCACCAUUUGACGAUAAUCUGUUUUCUGUUGGCUUUGUUCAGCACCAUCGGAAGAAAUUAGAGGGUCGACGCCUGGACUUUGAUUGCAAGAAGCGAAAACAAGACAAGGCUGCGGCCACUGCAAAGCUUCCGGAAGACGAGUUGAAGAUUGCGGAAGAGAAAUUCGUGGAGUCCAAGAUUCUUGCCGAACAGGCCAUGAUCAAUUUCCUGAACUCCGAGGUCGAGCAAAUUCAAGCCCUGACUGAGCUGGUCACUGCUCAAGUGGACUAUCACCGCCAAGCCACAGAAAUCAUGGAGCAGCUUCAAAAGUUCUUGAUUGACAAGAAAGACGAGGCUUCUUCGAAACCUAGACCAGUUUAUGAACCCAAACGGUUUUCGACACUUCCAAAUCAGGUGAAUUCUCGAACUCCUUCUCAAAGUGCACUAAGCACGCCAGCGAAAAACGGUCCACACCUAAACGCUGGUGCACCUAGUCCAGUACUCGGUCCUUCGUGCCGUGGUUUGUACGAUUUCGAGGCAGAGAACGCGUCGGAACUGCCAUUCUCUGAAGGAGAUGUGAUACGCCUGAUUCAACAAGUUGAUGAGAACUGGUUCGAGGGCGAACUGAACGGUCGUCGUGGUUAUUUCCCAAUCAACUACGUUGAGGUUAUCACUCCACUGCCGUAAAGCUAUUUCCCCACAAGACGGACCGUUUAGACGCAUGCCUUCAUGCUUGGCAGGAUUGUCAAGUCUAUGCAAAUGCAGUGACGCAGUUCUUGUACAAUCAGUCUACUUUGAUUUCCUUUGGCAUUAUUCGCUUAUUAUUUAUGUCUUUACUUAUGAUUCUAGAAUCCCUAUUCCUACACUCCAACAGGCUUUGAUCUAUUAUUCCAGCUUCCCUUCCUUGCAUCAACUGGUUUACUCGUAUUUCUGCAUUUCCCCUUCCUUGUCAACCUUGCAGGCAUUUGUCCUGUUCAACGUAGGAAGCAUAUGCACUCACGUUUGGCUUUUUCUUUCAUGCGCCCAACGUGACAGUCAGGUUUCUCGUCGACGAAUUCUUCGCUGUCGCUUUCAAACUAUCCCUUUCAUUUACUGGCUGGUGAACUUGCCGAUUGAAGAGACCAAUCAAGUCAGCCUGAUCCUCAGAUCUGGCAAUUUUUCCGCACUACUAGUGCGUGUAUCCUCUCGAUCCAACACCCCGAAACUCCACAGGUAUUUUCCUUGUAUGACUGAUGGGCUGCAUGUCCCCCUCCUCCUUGUUCAGCAUCUCAGUGCCAUUCCAUUUUUCUUCUUUCCUUGUGGCUUUGGCGGUCUCUGUAUCAGUUUCUUCUGAUUUCGACCUAUUUUUCCGCACGGAUUAUGUGAUAUCCUACGUUCGGCACGCUGGAGUUUUGUUUUUUAAUCCCUCAUCAACUCAGGUGAUGGGGAUCUCCUCGAGUACAUAGUAAAUCUGAAAGUUACAUUAGCAUAUGCUUCCGUUUCUGGUUAGAACCAAUGCACGGCGCUUGAUUUAAAACGUCUGGUAAUGUCAUUUUUGCUUUUCGGAGAGACCACUUUUUCCCGCCCCUCAUGGGAGCUCCCUAGAGAGGACAGAAUAAUCAAUAUUGAACCUUUGUGAGUAUCAGCCAUAUGCAUACAGUUCACAUAAUUUGUUCCGCGAUGUGCUUCGCUUACUGCAUCAGAUAAUGUGACGUAAUAAUGAUA